UCGAACGGUCAUAAUGCUAGUCGGAAUCAUACACCUUAUUCUUAUUGUUAGUAAAACAUUAGAAGCAUCAACAUCGAAAAAGAUGCAGUCUUCGGAUAUAAUUGCACACGACAGCAUUCUAAAGUCCUCAGAUAUGGCCAGAAUCAAAAGUUUUCUUCAAACCAUGAAUCAUUUUAACGAUGAUCAAACACCUCAAAUGAAAGAUCCGAGCAGUUACUGUCAUUCAUUUACUACUUGCCAUGAAUGUGUGAAAAGUAUGUGGUUUCCAUGCGGCUGGUGUCACAACUAUGGAUGUACAGAAAAUCCGCAGAAACUAUGCCCUCGCGCUGAAACCAAAGCAGAGAAAUCAAACAUAACAGGAGAAAUAAGAGCUUGUCCACGAGCGGAGCAUGAUGGACCAAUAUUGGUACCAGGAGGAGUAAAAGUAAAUAUGAAAAUUAAGCUGUACGUACCAGACCCUGCCAUAUAUGACCAAGAAAUUAUAUGCCAAAUAAAGCUACGAAAUCGUCUAACUCAUCUUAAGGGACUAAUUCUUAAUGACAUCGUGUAUUGUUAUCCAAUUGCUUUGGAGCCACACGCAGUGCAAUUUGGUGAUACAGAUAGAGGCACAUUGACACUCUUAUGGGGCGGAACUCAACCUUACUCGAACUCAAUUGAAUUGAUUGUAUACAACUGCGAAUUAUUAGCAUCGGAUUGCGAAUCUUGUAAAAUGAUUCCGUCUGUUUAUGGAUGUGGAUGGUGUGAUCAAACAGCUAAAUGUGUGAUUGGUGACAAGUGUCCCAAAGAUAUGAUGAAAUGGACUCUAAAUAGAUUGACUUGUGAACAUUAUGGAAACCAUAUGCUAUAAAACUAGAGUAAAUCUCUAAAUUCAAAACAAAGAUGUUAGAUUUUUAUAAAACGAUCUGGAUUAUUUUUAUACGCAUACACUGUACUCAACUAUUUACCGCGCAGUUGUCCCAAAUAGACUCCAUCCAGGGUUACUGCACAUCGUUCAGCAGUUGUUGGGAUUGUAAGAGAGCAGGUGCUCAGUGUGACUGGUGCCAUGAUGUCGGCUGUACACACUACCCAAGUCUUCAUUGCCCCCAAAAAGUAUUUCUUGACAACACAUGGCACAAGAACUCGAUAGAAAGGUACUGUACCGAAAUUGUGUCCAGUGAUCCCAUAUUCGUUCCUGCCGAUGUAAAAAAGUAUAUUAAAUUAAAUUUGAGGAUAGAUGAUUUAACGAUAUUCAAACGAAGCAUUAUGUGUGAAAUACAUAUAGAACAGUCGAUUAUACGAGUUAAAGCAAACCUCGGUCAAACUACGUUGUACUGUGACAUGACUAACUUAAAAAUUAGUCGGACUGUGUCUUUGGGUUAUGUGAGACUCUUGUGGGGAGGCGUAGAACCAUAUUCCAAUAUGAUACUCAUGAUAGUAUACAGAUGUCAAUACAUGGCAAACACUUGUUUUGAAUGCCAAGCACUCGAUAAAAGAUUCAAUUGUGGUUGGUGCGAAGAAACUUCGAAGUGUAUUUUGCUGGAAGAAUGUCCAAGACAAUUUGGGCCGUGGAUAGAUAGAAAAAGUUUGUGUGGUAGAUACAAAGACAUAGCUCACUAUAACCAGGGGAAUGUAGAAUGACUUGUAAAUAAAUAUGAGUAAUUUGUUGUGAAACGUGAUAGUGUUGCGCAUAAUGUUUUAUUAAAUGUUCA